UGAAAAUGUUUAUAUAAAAGUGCAAGGUCGUGAGUUCAAACAAAAAGAAUACACAAACAUUUAAUUUUCUUAAUAACCUUUGUACGAUCGAACACUUUUUUAAAGCAUAUGCAUUUCUUAUUUUAUCUCGCCGCUAUUAGCGUUUUAUCAUUAAAACUGGAAAUGUUUAAGUGUUUUAAACAUGUGGCAGUAAUCAAGCAACACAGCAAACUGCACGGUGCCGAUGUUAAUGAAACAGAAAAGGAAACUGCAAAGAUUCAUGAUGAAGUUUCUAAGGUUGAAGAAGACAAAGAUAAGGUGAAAUCGAAUGUUAUUGAAAAGGUUAUUAGUGUAAAAUCCAAAUUUCCAUUACCUAUAACACCUGGUGAAAAAACUGCUUUAAAGAAAGAAAUACUUGAGGAAGAAAAAAAUUUAUUAGAAAAUGCUGAAAACGAGGCUAACAAUGCAUCUGAAAUGUUAAUUCCAUUGGAAGCUUCAAUAAAAAACAAUCAAAUCACAGAUAAAGAAGCUACAUUAAAGCUUGGAGAGGCAGAAGCGGCCCUUCAAGAGGCGCGUGUAAUUGCAUCCGCCGGAGUUUCAAUGGACAAAAAAUUAACCACAGAUGAAAAUAAAAUGGAGUAAUAGCUCCUCAACUGAUUUGUUCGUUUCUUAACACUAGUUUUAUGAAAUUAUUUUGAGAUUUCGUUAAACGAUCGGUGUAUGGGUGUCGAUGAUGUGUUUUUAAUUGAAUAGAAUAUAUAAAAAUAUAAUUUUAAUAAAGCAAAUUUUAUUUUAAUACUA